AUGGUCACCCUCACAUCCCUCCUCGUGGCAGCCACCACGGCCAUCUCGGCGGUCGUGGCUGCGCCCGGCGAGAUGCCCGGCAUGGAACGCCGGCAGACUCUCACCCGCAGCCAGACGGGCACCAACAACGGGUACUACUACUCGUUCUGGACCGACGGCCAGGGCAGCGUCAGCUACACCAACGGCGCGGGCGGCUCGUACAGCACGCAGUGGUCGGGCAACGGCAACUGGGUCGGCGGCAAGGGCUGGAACCCGGGUUCUGCUCGGACCAUCAACUACACGGGCACCUACAACCCCAACGGCAACUCCUACCUCUCCGUCUACGGCUGGACGCGCAACCCCCUGAUCGAGUACUACGUGGUCGAGAACUUCGGCACCUACAACCCCUCCACGGGCGCCCAGCGCCUCGGCAGCGUCACCACCGACGGUUCCGUGUACGACAUCUACAAGACCACCCGCGUCAACCAGCCCUCGAUCGAGGGUACCUCCACGUUCGACCAGUUCUGGUCGGUCCGCCAGCAGAAGCGCACCGGUGGCUCGGUCAACAUGCAGGCUCACUUUAACGCUUGGUCGCAGUCCGGUCUGCGGUUGGGUAGCCAUGAUUACCAGAUUGUUGCUACGGAGGGGUACUUCUCGAGCGGCUCGUCGAACAUCAAUGUUGGUGCCUCGUCUGGCGGCGGUGACACUGGCGGUGGCAACACUGGUGGCGGUAACACUGGUGGCGGCAAUACCGGUGGCGGUACUACUUGCUCUGCUCUCUACGGACAGUGCGGCGGCCAGGGCUGGCAAGGCCCGUCCUGCUGCUCGGCUGGUAGCUGCAAGGCCUCCAACCAGUGGUACUCCCAGUGCCUGUAA